AUGACACGUCUUGAACCCGUCUUAUCAACUUCCAUCCCCGUACAUCCUGCUACCCAAGGUUCAGAUGUCCAACGACUUGCCGUUGAAAAACACACAUAUCCUGCUCCUAUGCAGCCCGUAGAGCGAUCGCUGGCAUUCGUGUGGUCCCAUGCCAAUGGAUUCUGCAAGGAAAUGAUGCACCCAUUGAUGCGUCGCUUUGCCACUCAAUUGCGUUCACUGCCUGCUUAUCAACAUACCUCGUUCGACUUUUAUGCUUGGGAUGCCCGUAACCAAGGCGACUCGGCUCGGCUCAAUGCUGAUCAUAUCCAUGUACCCACAUAUGGAUGGCUCGACAAUGCCAUGGAUACAGUACAGGUCAUCAACGAGAUGGGUCUCAAGAAGAAUUACGAUAAAGUCAUUGGCGUUGGACAUAGCUUUGGUGGCUCUGCCAUGAUCAUUGCUGAAUUCUUUUUCCCGCAUAUUUUUGAUGGUCUUUGUAUUCUGGAAGCAGUCAUUGCUAAGCAAUUUGUUCCUUACAAGAUUCGAUCCAACUUCCCAGCUAUCAAGACCACUCUAAAGAGACGUGACACAUGGCCCAGUCGUGAGGAGUGCUUCAAAUCACUAUCAGGACGACCCUUUUGGCGUGAUUUGCAUCCGGAGGUGCUUCAAAACUUUGUCCAAUAUGCACUCUAUGACACUGAAGAGGGUACUGUCAAGCUGAAAUGUCCCAAGGAAGAAGAACACCUUGUAUACCUUGCUGGUGCUUAUGGAUCACCUGUUGCAUUCAACUCGCUUAAAUCGGUGACUGUGCCUGUGCAUAUGGUUCAUGGUGAUAAAUCCACCUUCACGGAUGCUUCAACAGCUGGGGACAUCAAGGCACUUUCUCAUCAUGUUAGCAGUGCAGUGUUGGAUGGCUCACAUAUGAUACCAGUGGAGAAACCAGAUGCUUUGGUGCCUGAGAUUGUAUACUUGACUGAGCGUGUUGUUAUGGGUGACCGUGCAAAGUUGUAA